AUGACUCCAACCAAGCCAAAGGUGUACAUCGUCGGAGUCGGCAUGACCAAGUUCUGUAAACCAGGAUCAGUUGAUUGGGACUAUCCAGAUAUGGUGAAGGAGGCUGUCACAACUGCUUUGGAUGAUUGUGGAAUGAAAUAUUCCGAUAUCCAACAAGCCACUGUUGGAUAUCUUUUUGGAGGAACGUGUUGUGGACAACGUGCUCUCUACGAAGUCGGACUAACCGGAAUCCCAAUUUUCAACGUGAAUAAUGCAUGUGCUUCUGGAUCUUCUGGAUUGUUCUUGGGAAAACAGAUUAUUGAGAGUGGAAACGCUGAUGUUAUUCUGUGUGCUGGAUUCGAGAAAAUGGCAGCUGGAUCUCUGGAAAAGUUAGCGUCCCCAAUUGACGAUCGUGCUCUUUCUGUUGACAAGCAUAUUGAGGUCAUGUCAGAGACAUAUGGAUUGGAACCAGCACCAAUGACUGCACAGAUGUUCGGAAAUGCGGCGAAGGAACACAUGGAGAAAUAUGGAUCCAAACGUGAACACUAUGCCAAGAUCGCUUACAAAAACCACCUUCACUCGGUCCACAACCCAAAAUCCCAAUUCACCAAGGAAUUCUCUCUUGACCAAGUCAUCAACGCCCGUAAAAUUUACGAUUUCAUGGGACUUCUGGAAUGCAGUCCAACUUCUGAUGGAGCUGCCGCCGCCGUCAUUGUUUCUGAACGUUUCUUGGAGAAGAAUCCACGUCUGAAGUCUCAAGCAGUUGAGAUUAUUGGACUGAAAUUGGGAACAGAUAUGCCGUCAGUAUUCCAAGAGAAGUCAAACAUCAAAAUGAUUGGAUUCGACAUGAUUGACAAGAUCUCAAAGGAACUUUACGCAGAGACAAAGAUCACUCCAAAUGAUGUUCAAGUAAUCGAACUUCACGAUUGCUUUGCUCCAAAUGAAUUGAUCACUUACGAGGCAAUCGGAUUGUGUCCAGUUGGAAAAGGACACACAAUUGUGGACAAAAAUGACAAUACUUAUGGAGGAAAAUGGGUGAUCAAUCCAUCAGGAGGACUCAUUUCAAAGGGACAUCCAAUCGGAGCCACCGGAGUUGCUCAAGCCGUUGAAUUGUCUAAUCAAUUACGUGGAAGAUGUGGAAAGAGACAAGUGCCAAAUUGUAAGAUUGCAAUGCAACACAAUAUUGGAAUUGGAGGAGCUGGAGUCGUUGGUUUGUAUCGUUUGGGAUUCCCACAACACGCACAAUCGAAGCUUUGA